ACCUCCGCCGGACGCGCACGCUCGCCGCGCUCCGCUUUACGACACCCGCACCGAACUCGCGCUAUGCCGCCAUCCCGACGAAAUUGUGUUUUCGUUUACUUUUUUUGCUUACGAUAUAGCCCUGAAAUGCCUCAGUGAUUUGUAGUACACAAACAUAGUGAAAUAAAUUUAUUCAUUUUAAUAAUAGGUCAAUAAACUUAACAAAUACUGAUACCAAUCGCCGACGAUGGUGUCAGAAGGGGCUCUGCCCGUAGUUUGGUGUGUACGAGAUAAUCAAUUAGUGCCUCACCAAGUUUCUGGUGUAAAAUUGCAAGGAGCUGUUACAGGAGCUCAUAUAGCAGCAGUGACAGACUUUUUACGUAUGGUUGCUGGAACCCGUAUUGUUUUACCGCAUACAGAAAUUCAUGAAGAUAUAGACAAUGAUCUUAAUCAAGAAAAAGAAAAUUCUACAAGACGACGUAAAAUGUCAAUGCAAGUGGAAGUACCUUGUGUUUUUGUUACGGAAAAAGCUUUACAGAAAGCAAAAAGCCGCAGUAAUUCUUUAGAUGAAAAGGUAUUAUUUAAUAAUUGUAAUGCAUCGUCUACUACCAAAAGUUAUUUAGAAUUAGAUAAAAAAUCAAAGUCAUUAGAUAUGAAGUCUGAGGACCCCCAUCUUGGAGUUGAAAAUGAAUUUAUUAAUACGUUUACACAACGAAUAACAAGAAUAAUUGAAUUAGAUGAUAUAAAUCCUAAUGUACGGAAUAAUGAAUUUGAAAAAGAGGCACUACAAAGGAUAACAAGAAUAAUUGAAUUCGAAAAUAAUAAAACAAAAUCAGUGUGCAAUACUGAUGUAGAAAAUGAAGCACCGCAGAGGAUUACCAGAAUAAUAGAAUUAAAUGAAGACAAUUCAUUCACAACAAUUACUAAUGGAGACGUGGAUAAAGAAUGUUCUCAACGAUUAAGUAAAAUAAUUGAAUUGGAAAAAGAAGUCUCUUUUCCUAGUAUGACAAAGAUAAUAGAAAUGGAAAACGAAAUAUCGAAUGAAAGGAGAAUAUCUCUUACAAAUGAACGAGAGACUGGUGGUGGAAUGAUCGAAAGUUAUACCGAAGAUAUAGUUGUUAGAUCUAAAUUAUCACACAGAACUACCCCUAGAAUCAGUGUUGAUUCUUCGUGCUCCGAAAACUCUUAUGUUAAUAUCGAUUGCUUUAAGAGUUUGCAGGAUGUAAGAAAAGAAGAAGUGGCAGAUGAUGGUGUAACCCCUGAACCAUCACCGGCUUGUAGGUCUAUUCGUUCUAGAUUUCCAAGAAAGAAAACCUCUGUAUGUUCGAUUGGCUCCUCGGACUAUGAUGAGGUAGAUGUUAUUUUUAAAUCUAAACCUAAAUCUAGUCAGUGGUUGAGUUUCGAUUGGAUACCACCACCACCCAAAGAAGAGCCAGUGAUAACGCAAGUCUGUGAUAAAAAUGAUUUUAUAACAAAAUGGAUAGCAGAACAAAAUUCUCAAGAUUCGGGCAUAGUUGCAGAUGAGAGAAGAAAGAGUCUUCCCCCGAAAUCAAAUGAAAUAUAUCUCCAAAAUAUGAGGCGAUUCAGUGAUGGAUUACAAAUAUGUAAGGAAGAUGCAGCCAGCGAUUCCCCAGCUACAGUUAAAUGGAAAUGGCACGACAUUGUAAAACGACACCUGCAACUUUUAAAAAAUGAUAAAGGAUUUAGAAGACAAAGAGGAAGUUGGAUGAGAACUGCCCGGCGACUAUCAGGCACUAAUAUAAAUAGUAAAAACGUAGAAUCCCUGCCGCUUGAAACAUAUAUGAAACUCAACAGCAUGCCAUGGUACUUCCGCAAAAUAAAACGAAUUGAGGCGGAGAAAAAGUUGCUCCUACCGGAGAACGAGCACGGCGCUUUCCUUAUCCGCGACUCGGAGAGCCGCCACAACGACUUCUCACUAUCAGUGCGAGAUGGUGACACCGUAAAACACUACCGAAUAAGGCAACUGGAUGAGGGUGGGUUCUUCAUCGCCAGACGCACUACCUUCCGUACACUCCAAGAGCUCGUAGAACACUACAGCAAGGAUGCUGAUGGAUUAUGCGUUUCACUCAGCAAACCUUGUGUACAGGUCGAGAAGCCGGUCACAGAAGGCCUUUCCCAUAGAACACGCGAUCAAUGGGAGAUUGACCGUUCCUCGCUCAAGUUUGUAAAGAAACUAGGACACGGACAGUUCGGUGAGGUAUGGGAAGGCCAGUGGAACAAUACUACUCCUGUUGCCAUUAAAACCCUGAAAUCUGGAACCAUGGAUCCAAAGGACUUCCUCGCCGAGGCCCAGAUUAUGAAAAAGUUGCGACACAAUAAGUUAAUCCAAUUAUAUGCUGUCUGUACGCUCGAAGAACCUAUUUACAUCAUCACAGAACUGAUGAAAAAUGGAUCCUUGCUUGACUAUUUGCAAGGCAAAGGCCGUGGCUUGAAACUGCAACAGUUGAUCGACAUGGCGGCGCAGAUCGCUUCUGGUAUGGCGUAUCUCGAGUCGCAGAAUUACAUCCAUCGCGAUUUAGCCGCUAGGAACGUGCUCGUCGCCGAUGCUAAUAUCGUUAAGAUUGCUGAUUUCGGACUCGCCAGACUUAUAAAGGAGGAUGAAUAUGAAGCACGCGUUGGUGCACGCUUCCCUAUUAAAUGGACGGCGCCCGAAGCUGCUAACUAUAGCAAAUUCUCAAUUAAAUCUGAUGUUUGGUCAUUUGGUAUUUUGCUCACUGAGCUUGUCACAUAUGGCCGUAUACCGUAUCCGGGGAUGACAAACGCAGAGGUCCUUCACCAAGUGGAGCACGGAUACCGCAUGCCGUGCCCGCAGAACUGUCCUGCGGCACUCUACGAGAUCAUGUUGGAGUGUUGGCAUAAGGACCCGGUGAAGCGGCCCACGUUCGAGACCCUGCAGUGGAAGCUCGAGGACUUCUUCACCAUGGACAACUCUGAGUACAAGGAGGCAUCCGCCUACUGAGCCCGGCCUUCCCUGCCGCCCCACCGACACGCACACUCACAUCACACGCCAGGCCUGUACCACAUGCCGCCGGAGCUACAGAUGUUACACAACAGCGCAUCAAUGCAACACCUCCAAAUGCUCCAACUGGCGGCUCA